CGCGAUCUAGAAACGUUGAUGCAUGGUGAUGGCAUUGAAUUUAGUUAUAAAUUCAAUGGUGAUGGUAUUCAAUAUACGCAGCUAUAAUUACGAGAGGGGGCUUGCUUGAUAUUCCUAUUUUGAACUUUAAGCUCGAAGUUUUUAUCAGUGUUUAAUAUAUCAUAAACAGUGCGUGUUGAAACAGUGCCAAUUAAGAAUACUGUAAGAAAUGUUGGUUGUGUUAAUUACAAUUGUAACCUUAUGCCUGUACGUAAUUCUAUUAUGGAUGAAUCAAAUGAAAUAUCGCAAGCAGUUGGCGCAAUUCCCGGGGCCUAAACCUUUACCCCUACUAGGAAAUUUGUUGCUAUUCAAAUCGAUUGCAGAUAUCGUUCCGGUGUCGAUACGUGUGUGGAAAGGGAUCCAGCAAUCAUUUAUAAUAUAUUUAGGUCCUCAACCACGGCUCGUAGUUUGUGACCCAAAAACGGCAGAGUUUGUACUUAGCUCAACGACAAUUAUUGACAAAUCGUACGAGUACAAUUUUUUCCACGAUUGGCUUGGUACAGGAUUAUUAACUAGCACCGUAUUAGGUCAAAAAUGGAAAUCGCAAAGGAAAUUACUAACACCAACGUUUCACUUUCAAAUUUUGGAAAAAUACAUGAAAAUAUUCAAUCGUCAAAGUAAUACCUUCAUAGAUAUUCUCAAAUUGAAGAUGAGCAACGGCCCGUUUGACGUAUUUCCAUGCGUUGCACUUUGCACGCUCGAUAUCAUUUGUGAGGCCGCAAUGGGAGUGCAAAUAGAUGCCCAAAAGAACUCGACAUCCUCGUACGUAUUGAGCGUCAAGGAAAUGUGCCGUAUUAUUACCGAACGAGCAUUUUCACCGACUAAAAUGAUAAAUUUUAUGUAUAAAUUUACCUGGACGUAUCAACAACAACGCAAAGUCCUUUCAAUUCUGCACGGAUUCACAAAUUCCGUCAUUCGAAGUAGGAAAUCAACGUUUACAGGACGCAGGUCGAAUGAGCGAAAUGAUGAGGGACUUGCGAAACGUGUUGCAUUUUUGGACCUUCUUUUGGAGUAUGAUUUAAGCGAUGAAACAAUCAGAGAAGAAGUGGACACAUUUAUGUUUGAGGGCCAUGAUACAACGGCCGCUGGCAUCAGUUUCACCUUGUAUUGCCUUUCCAAGCAUCCGGACGUACAAGGGAAAGUGGUCGAGGAAUUGAGACGAAUUUUUUAUGGCGACAAUAAUAGAGCACCUACGUACCAAGACGUGCAAGAAAUGAAGUACCUAGAAAUGGUUAUUAAAGAAUCUUUAAGAUUGUAUCCUCCUGUUCCCUCAUUUUCAAGAGUUUUAACGCAAGACGUGCCGUUUGAUGGGUCACUAUUGCCAAAAGGACUCGUUUUGACAUUAUACCCAUUGCUUCUGCAUAGAGAUCCUACAUCUUUCCCUGAUUCUGAAAAAUUUGACCCGGAUCGCUUCUUACUCGAAAAUUCGGCAACUAGGUCGCCUUACGCUUACGUUCCUUUCAGCGCAGGUCCCAGAAAUUGCAUUGGUCAGCGUUUUGCAAUGGUAGAACUAAAAUUCACAAUAUCGAAGGUCUUAAGAAACUUCGAAAUUCUUCCCGUCGUCGGCCACGAGCCAGAAUUAUCGGUUGAGGCUAUUUUGAAGUCGUAUAAUGGUUUACCUAUUCAAUUAAAAACGCGAACGCUUUAACACUCAGAUUACUAUGAAUUUACAUCAGUUGAAUAUUGCUUUAUACGAUUUUAAUAAAUAAACGUCGGACUUGGACGUUGUCCACUGUA